AAUAGCGUAUCGAAGAUUUAGGUGAAAAAAGAAGCAAAAAAGCACGAGAAUUUUAGGCAAAGGGCAAUUUAUGUAAAAUCAAGCUGAUAUUCAUUCAUAUAAGCUAAGCGCAGCCCCCCAAACUCCCCCACGAUCCUCUUCCUUCCUAUUUCUCACUGUUGUGUUGCUUUCAGCGAUCCCUUUCUCUCCUUACUCUGUUUUCUUUAAACGAAAUAAAUCCCUCCUUUGUUCUUUAUUUUGACUCUUUCGAACAUUUCUAUCAUCAGUUUGAUGGAUCUCAAAUUGGGUGGGGUGGUUGUAUGUGAGAUUAGCAGGGAGGGAUGAUGAAAUAAUUGCCAUGCAGAUAUACUACCGUCGGGUUACUUCGCAGAUCCAGUUGUCUCCGAAUUGUAUCUUUUAUCGUACUAUCAAUUAGUACCUUACUUGCAAAAAGGCGUUAUCAGCUUACUGAUAUAGAGGCUUUUGGUCCAUUCAGUUAAGUUGGUAUCGUCUUUUCAAACAUGCCAUAUUAUAUACAGAGGCUUUAUAACACUUGCAAAGCGGCAUUUUCGACUAAUGGCCCUGUUUCUGAUGAAGCUCUUGAAAGAGUUCGUACUAUGCUAGAGAAAAUGAAGCCUUCUGAUGUAGGUCUGGAGCAGGAGGCACAAGUGGUACGUAAUUGGUCUGGUCCUGUAAAUGAGCAGAAUGGAACCCAUCAUUCAUUGCCACCAAUUAAGUAUCUGCACUUGCAUGAGUGCGUCAGCUUCUCUAUAGGAAUUUUUUGCUUGCCACCUUCCUCUCUCAUACCUCUGCACAAUCAUCCUGGAAUGACAGUGCUGAGCAGGCUUAUCUAUGGCUCAUUACACGUUAAGUCAUAUGAUUGGCUUGACCCAACAGAGCCUGAAGAUCCACUACAAGCAAGAGCUGCAAAACUUGUCAAGGAUACUGAGAUGACAGCCCCUUGUGCAACAACAGUACUUUAUCCCACAAGUGGAGGCAACAUCCAUUGUUUCAGGGCACGGACUCCCUGUGCUAUUUUUGAUAUUUUAUCACCACCUUACUCCUCAGAGCAUGGACGACACUGCACUUACUUCCGGAGGUCCCCAGGAAGGGAUUUACCUGGUGAGAUUGAAAUGAAUGGAGAAAUGUUCUCGGAAGUGACUUGGUUAGAAGAUUUUCAGCCCCCUGAUGACUUUGUGAUUCGGAGAGGGCUGUACAAGGGUCCUGUUAUUAGAAGAUGAAAUAUUCUUGUAGCAUCCAUCCAAUAUUCUAAUGAAUAACAAGGAACAUGCAUGGGGUUGUAGAAGUUAGGCAUUUGGCGUUGUACAUAUUACUACACCAAUGUAAUCCUGUGAUUUUACUAACCUCACAUUUUAUUAGUGGGAUAGAGAGUGGGAAUUGAGAGGAACUACUCGCAUAAUGACUUACUUUUCAUUUUGUUCUUUUGGAUUUUGUUUGCUGAAUGAAAAUUGGGAAUUCAUAAUA